AUGGCGGUGGUGCGUGUGACCUGGGGGUGUUUCCCCCGCAGCGGUAAGGGCCGAGUCCAGCUCUGCAGUUCAGCUCUGCAGUUCAGCUCUGCAGUUCAGCUCUGCAGUUCAGCUCUGCAGUUCAGCUCUGCAGUUCAGCUCUGCUGUCCAGCUCUGCUGUUCAGCUCUGCAGUCCAUUUCUGCAAUCCAGCUCUGCUGUCCAGCUCUGCUGUUCAGCUCUGCGGUCCAGCUCUGCUAUUCAGCUCUGCAGUCCAGCUCUGCAGUCCAGUUCUGCAGUCCAGUUCUGCAAUCCAGCUCUGCUGUUCAGCUCUGCUGUUCAGCUCUGCAGUCCAGCUCUGCAGUCCAGCUCUGCAGUCCAGUUCUGCAGUUCAGCUCUGCUGUUCAGCUCUGCAGUCCAGCUCUGCUAUUCAGCUCUGCAGUCCAGCUCUGCAGUCCAGCUGUGAUGUCCAGCUCUGCAGUCCAGCUCUGCAGUCCAGCUGUGAUGUCCAGCUCUGCAGUCCAGCUCUGCUAUUCAGCUCUGCAGUCCAGCUCUGCAGUCCAGCUGUGAUGUCCAGCUCUGCAGUCCAGCUCUGCAGUCCAGCUCUGCAGUCCAGCUGUGAUGUCCAGCUCUGCAGUCCAGCUCUGCUAUUCAGCUCUGCAGUCCAGCUCUGCAGUCCAGCUCUGCUGUUCAGCUCUGCAGUCCAGCUCUGCAGUCCAGCUGUGAUGUCCAGCUCUGCAGUCCAGCUCUGCAGUCCAGCUCUGCUGUUCAGCUCUGCUGUUCAGCUCUGCAGUCCAGCUCUGCUGUUCAGCUCUGCCGUUCAGCUCUGCAGUCCAGCUCUGCUGUUCAGCUCUGCAGUCCAUUUCUGCAAUCCAGCUCUGCUGUCCAGCUCUGCUGUUCAGCUCUGCAGUCCAACUCUGCUGCUGCUGUGA